AUGUUGCGAUCCCUCAUUCUCGUAGCUCCCGCUCUCGCAAGUGCAGCAGCAACACCACCAUUCUGUCGUUCAACACCCUCGGAUGCAUCAUGGCCUACACUUUCUGAAUGGUCUUCCCUAAACGAAACGAUCGGCGGGUCUUUGAUACGUACUGUGCCCGUCGCAUCGUCCUGCUGGCCCGACGCCAAUGGCACCUUUGCCUCUCCUUCCCCUCGCUCUUGCCAGGAAGUCAACGAUAAAUGGACAAAUGGGACCUGGCACUCCCAACUUCCCGAGUCAAUUGACUACCAGCUGUAUGCAAAUAACUCUUGUUUGCCAGACGAAUCCGGAAGUUGGACGCAGAAGCAGGGAUGCAAGAUUGGUGCUCUGCCGCAGUACAUUGUCAACUCAACGGAGGAGGUUGAUGUCGCAGCUGCGAUGAAAUGGGCUGCUGAUCGUAACAUUCGGAUUGUUGUCAAGGGAACAGGUCAUGACCUCAACGGGCGCUCGAGUGGUGCUUUCUCCCUCUCCAUCUGGACCCGAUACUUCCGCAACUUGACUCGGGACACAGCCUGGCGUGCCACAAACAGCUCUUCGCCAGCUGAAGACGUCUUCAUAGUCGGCAGUGGCCAACAAUGGGGCAACGUCCUCAAGUUUGCGACAAGCCAAGGCCGUGUCGUAACAACAGGCCAGGACCCCAGUGUUGGGCUGGGCGGCUAUAUCCAAGGCGGUGGUCACGGUCCGUUGGCUCCUACCUACGGCCUUGCAUCAGCCCAAGUGCGCCAAGUGACCGUCGUGACAACCACCGGACACGUUCUUAUCGCGAAUGAAGUCCAGAACCAAGAUCUCUUCUGGGCACUCCGUGGCGGUGGUGCAGGACAAUAUGGCGUCGUUACCGAAUAUGUCAUCAAGCACCAUCCAGCACCUAGUAACGUCGUCAUGGCAAGUGUCCAGAUAACGCCUCAGGGUAGUUCGAAUGCCAGUAUGGAUGCAUCAUGGUCAGCAGCAGCCAGUUGGCUCAGCGCGCUCCCCGAUCUCAUGGACGCCGGACUCUCGGGCGCGGCCACCGUAGCAGUAGGAAGCACGGCACCAAAGUUCUUCCCAAACAUGGACGUAUCAAACGGCCCAUUCACUGGCAUCGGGCUCAACCAAGUCUUCUGGGCUUUCAACACCACGCCCGCCGCCGUACAAGCCCUCGUCCAACCCGUCUUGUCCAAGAUCCUCGCGUCCAACACAAACAACACCAGCACAAACACCUCCCUUGUCUCGACAUCAAUGACAGCUUCACACUUUGCAAACUACACCGCCUUCUUCAACGUCAUAUCCGGCGACAACGUGGCAGGCGGCGAAUCCCUAACUUCAUCCCGGCUCCUCGGCCGCCCAGAACUCACCCACACCCCUCACGAACAAGUUGUUUCCUACCUGAAAACCGCAAUGGCGAGUCAGAAUACCACCGACCCGGGUAACUACGCCACCAUUGGCCUCAGCGGCGGUCCCGGCGUGCACUCCACCCCGCCUGCACACUGGGGCGCUUUACACCCUGGCUGGCGGCGCGCAUACCUUCACUUCAUCGCCACAGGCGCGACUGUCGAUUCCAAGGCCGCUGGAUCUGCCAAGAAGGCGCUGCAGAUUGGCGCAGACUGGCAUGCCAAGGUUAAAGAGCCCAUGUGGGAGAAGUGGGCGCCGGGUUCUGGUGCGUACAUGAACGAGGCGAACCCAUUUAUGCCUACGUUCCAGCAAGCGUUUUACGGCAGCAACUACGAGGCGUUGAGGGAGGUCAAGCGCAAGUAUGAUCCUAGCGAGAGUUUGUAUGUGCUUUCGGGAGUGGGGACGGAGAGGUGGGAGUAUGAUCUUGAUAGUGGCAAGUUGUGUAAGUUUUAG